GAGGGACAUCGUAGUUCAGCCAUAUUAGUUACUGGUGGCAGUACACUUUGAAGAACAUGGCGGCUUCCAGGCAGGCAUGAGAGGGGAUACUUCUUAAAGGAUUUGGAUGAACCUGGGCAAUCAUUUCAAAAACAGAUCAGCAAAACAGUAUUUCGGAUAUUGCAACACGAAUCUCAAGGACAUGACGUCCCCCGGAGCCGCUGCGCCUGGAUCCACCGGAGCUCCGCUGCAGCCGCGAUGGAAGCGGGUUCUGGGAUGGUCCGGGCCGGUCCCCCGGCCGAGACACGGGCACAGAGCCGUAGCCAUCAAGGAGCUGAUGGUCGUUUUCGGCGGAGGAAACGAAGGGAUCGUUGACGAGCUGCACGUUUAUAAUACUGCAACAAACCAGUGGUUCAUACCAGCUGUUCGUGGAGACAUUCCUCCCGGCUGUGCAGCUUAUGGUUUCGUAUGUGAUGGCACACGUUUAUUAGUAUUUGGUGGAAUGGUGGAAUAUGGAAAGUACAGCAAUGACCUUUAUGAGUUACAGGCAAGCAGAUGGGAAUGGAAAAAGUUGAAACCAAAAGCCCCUAAAAAUGGAGCACCACCAUGUCCUCGCCUGGGCCACAGUUUUUCUAUUGUGGGCAACAAAUGCUAUCUUUUUGGGGGGCUUGCCAAUGACAGUGAAGACCCCAAGAACAACAUUCCCAGAUAUUUGAAUGACCUUUAUACCCUCGAGCUGCGUCCGGGCUCCAGCGUUAUGGGCUGGGAUAUACCGAUCACAUAUGGAGCGCUUCCACCUCCAAGAGAGAGCCACACUGCUGUAGUUUAUACUGAAAAAGCUACUAAGAAGUCACGUCUUGUUAUAUAUGGAGGAAUGAGUGGUUGCCGUUUGGGAGAUCUUUGGACAUUGGAUAUUGAUACACUGACCUGGAACAAGCCUGCAAUAAGCGGCACAGCUCCCCUGCCCCGUAGCCUUCACUCAGCCACCACGAUUACAAACAAAAUGUAUGUUUUUGGUGGCUGGGUUCCCUUAGUGAUGGAUGAUGUGAAGGUGGCCACACAUGAGAAGGAAUGGAAGUGUACAAACACACUGGCCUGCCUGAACUUGGACACUUUGACAUGGGAGACUGUUUUGAUGGACACUUUGGAGGACAGCAUACCACGUGCACGAGCAGGACAUUGUGCUGUUGCUAUUAACAACAGACUCUAUGUUUGGAGUGGACGUGAUGGGUACCGCAAAGCUUGGAACAAUCAGGUGUGCUGCAAAGACCUGUGGUACCUGGAGACAGAGCGACCUAAUCCUCCUUCACGGGUACAGCUUGUCCGGGCCAACACAAACUCUCUGGAGGUUAGCUGGGGAGCGGUGUCUACAGCAGACAUGUACCUGCUUCAGCUUCAGAAAUAUGAUAUCCCAUCAGCCACUGCUGCCACAUCACCAGCCCUCAACGCAGCUCCCUCCCUCCCUGGAAACUCACCUAAGAGUCCAGCGCCUGCUGCAGCUGCUCCGUCUGCUCAGAGUCUGCCGCAAAGUGGCAUCACCCUCGUGCCCCAGGCUGCUUCAGUUCUGCCCAGCACACCUGCAAGUCCCAUGGCUGCCUCAACAGCUCGUGGACCAGCUAUUCUGAAAGUUGCAGCCCCUCAGUCAGGCACUGGGACGUCAAUUGUCACUGUGCGACAGGCCACCCAGGCCGGAAAGUCCCCAGUCACUGUGACAUCACUUCCUGCAGGUGUUCGCAUGGUUGUGCCAACACAGACCACUCAAGGAACGCCCAUCGGCAGCAGCCCUCAGAUGAGUGGAAUGGCAGCUUUGGCCGCAGCUGCUGCAGCCACACAGAGAAUCCCUCCUUCCCCUGGAGCCACUGUUCUCAAUGUGCCGGCUGGGGCCACAAUUGUUAAAACGGUGGCUGUGACACCUGGGUCCAGCACAGUUAAAUUGGCAUCACCCGUCAUGGUAAGCAACCCUGCCACUCGCAUGCUGAAGACUGCGGCUGCACAGGUGGCCACUCCAACAGUGUCCAGUCCCACUUCAGCUGCUCGGCCCAUCAUCACCGUGCACAAGUCUGGCACAGUUACCGUAGCCCAGCAGGCUCAGGUUAUGACCACGGUGGUGGGCGGAGUCACCAAGACCAUCACUCUUGUCAAGAGCCCGCUUUCCAUGGGAGGAAACUUGAUCUCCAACUUGGGCAAGGUUGUGUCAGUGGUACAGACCAAACCAGUGCAGACAAAUGCUGUGACGGGACAGGCCUCCUCCAACCCAUUGACUCAGAUUAUACAGACUAAGGGUCACCUCCCACCCGGCACCAUUCUGAAGCUGGUAACAUCUGCGGAUGGAAAACCAACCACCAUAAUCACCACCAGUCAAGCAGGUGGCACAGGAAAAAUCUUGGGCAUCAGUGGCAUGUCCCCCACUACCACCACCAAACCGGGCACCACCACAAUUUUUAAAACAAUCCCCAUGUCUGCUCUACAGCAGGGAGCUGCAGGUGUGACUAGUAGUACAGGGGUGAAGAGUCCUAUUACCAUCAUCACCACAAAGGUGAUGACAUCUGGAACAGGAACUCCUGGCAAAAUCAUUACAGCAAUGCCUAAGAUUGGUACAGCAGCUGGCCAGCAAGGCCUAACACAGGUUGUUCUAAAGGGAGCUCCUGGUCAGCCGGGAACCAUCCUUCGCACUGUGCCGAUGGGAGGAAUGCGUCUCGUGUCUCCAGUAUCUGGGGUCAAGCCAACUGUUACAACACUAGUUGUGAAGGGAACCACUGGUGUAACAACUCUUGGCACAGUCACAGGAACAGUUUCUACUAGCUUAGCUGGAGGAAGCUUAGCCAGUGCCAAUGCCACCCUGGCAACUCCCAUCACCACUCUGGGCACGAUUGCCACCCUCUCCAGCCAGGUCAUUAAUGCUACCGCUGUGUCAGCUGCCCAAAGCAACCUGAACACAGUCACCUCCUCAAUGCAGCCCACUCAGGUGACUCUGAUAACAACACCCAGUGGUGUGGAGGCUCAGCCUGGCCAAGAUCUGCCUGUUUCCAUUCUGGCCUCUCCCACCUCUGAGCAGCCCACCUCUACUGAGUCUGGUGCAAGUGAUGCUUCUGGCAGUGCUACUUUAGUGUGCUCCAACCCACCCUGUGAAACACAUGAAACGGGUACAACAAACACUGCUACCACAGCAUCUGCCAACAUGGGCGCUGUACAGAGGGUCUGCUCCAACCCCCCAUGUGAAACCCAUGAAACGGGCACCACCAAUACAGCAUCCACAGCAUCUUCAAAUAUGGGCACAGCUCCUGCUGGCACUGUCCAGAUGGUCUGCACCAACCCACCUUGUGAAACUCACGAGACGGGCACUACGAACACAGCAACCACAGCGUCAUCUAACAUGGGCGGAAAUCAAACGGGAACGGUGCAGAAGGUCUGCUCAAACCCACCUUGUGAAACUCACGAGACGGGCACGACAAACACUGCAACCACAGCGUCCUCUAACAUGGGCGGAAAUCAAACGGGAACGGUGCAGAAGGUCUGCUCAAACCCACCUUGUGAGACCCACGAGACGGGCACGACAAACACUGCAACCACAGCGUCCUCUAACAUGGGCGGAAAUCAAACGGGAACGGUGCAGAGGGUCUGCUCAAACCCACCUUGUGAAACUCACGAGACGGGCACGACAAACACUGCAACCACAGCGUCCUCUAACAUGGGCGGAAAUCAAACGGGAACGGUGCAGAGGGUCUGCUCAAACCCACCUUGCGAAACUCACGAGACGGGCACGACAAACACUGCAACCACAGCGUCAUCUAACAUGGGCGGAAAUCAAACGGGAACGGUGCAGAGGGUCUGCUCAAACCCACCUUGUGAGACCCACGAGACGGGCACGACAAACACUGCAACCACAGCGUCCUCUAACAUGGGCGGAAAUCAAACGGGAACGGUGCAGAGGGUCUGCUCAAACCCACCUUGCGAAACUCACGAGACGGGCACGACAAACACUGCAACCACAGCGUCAUCUAACAUGGGCGGAAAUCAAACGGGAACGGUGCAGAGGGUCUGCUCAAACCCACCUUGUGAAACUCACGAGACGGGCACGACAAACACUGCAACCACUGCAACCUGCAGUAUGGAGACAGAUGAGGAAACGGCCCAACAGAGUGGUGAGGCAUCAGAAACUACCACCAGUACGGAAGGCCUGUCGUCCACUGCAGCGCCCCAAAACAGAGCCAUUACUAUAGUCACACAGGCCACACCUCUACCAGGACCUGCUGUUCCGUCCAUCUCUUCAAUCACGGAGUCAUCCUCAGAGGCUGGAGCUGAGCCGGUUGUUAUGGAGAGCUCUGUGGCAGAGUCUUUGCAGGCAGAAGGCCAGGCUGAAGCGGGGGCAGAAGCAAUGCCAAGGGACUUCCAGGCAGAGGCAGCCGCAUUGCCGAGUGACUUCCAGGGAGAAGCCGUAGCUGUAGCCAUGCAGGGAGAGAGCCAGGCGGAGGAAGGUGCAGUGCCCAUGGAACAUGACGCUUCUAACAUGGCAGAGGGAGAACCCACUCAGGAGCAGCUACCGACAGCUGAGAUGGAGGGUAUAGAGGCAGCGUCAGCAUCACAAGCCGAGGUGCUGGCCUUGCCACCAGAGCUGAUGUCGGACGGGCAACCCACAACGCUGAUGGUGACGGGUCUGACCCCAGAGGAGCUGGCCGUCACGGCAGCCGCAGAGGCAGCGGCCCAGGCUGCAGCGACAGAAGAGGCCCAAGCCCUCGCCAUUCAGGCUGUACUGCAAGCAGCACAGCAGGCUGUUAUGAGGUCAGGUGAUGCCAGAGGAGACCAGCAGACCCACACCAUACCCAUCGUUUUGACCCAGCAGGAACUAGCGGCUUUGGUUCAGCAGCAACAACAGCUCCAGGCAGCCCAGCAGCAAGCUGCUGCCCAGGCUGCACUGCCCACUGAGGGCUUGGCUCCAGCUGACAGCCUAAAUGACCCCUCCUCAGAAAGCAAUGGACACAAUGAGAUCCCCGCCGCUGCCACAAAUACAGUAGUCAGACUGCUGCCUAGCACCUCAGCAGAGACUUUGGCUCCAUCCAUCACAUUCGCCUCUGCAGUGGUUGCCAGUCCUGCUAAGAUGCAGGCAGCAGCUGCUCUGACUGAAGUGGCCAAUGGUAUUGAGGCUGCGAAUCAAAACCCUCCCACUGUUACCAUCAAACCUCAAGUGAAGAAAGAAAACCAGUGGUUUGAUGUUGGCAUUGUCAAAGUGACCAAUAUGGUUGUAACACAUUUCUACAUGCCUGCAGAUGACGCCGCUUAUGUUGAGGAUGAUUCUGGCACAAUCCCUGACUACAGCCAGAUGAAGAGGGUGGACCUUCAGCCGGGGACGGCCUAUAAGUUCCGCGUGGCAGGAAUAAACACAUGUGGCCGUGGAGCCUUUUCUGAAAUAUCUGCUUUUAAGACCUGUUUACCGGGCUUCCCAGGGGCACCGUGCGCCAUAAAGAUCAGCAAGAGUCCAGACGGUGCACACCUAACAUGGGAGCCUCCAUCUGUGACAUCAGGAAAGAUCACGGAGUAUUCUGUGUAUCUGGCUAUCCAGAGCAGCCAGACCACCGAAGCGAAACCCUCGACCCCGGCCCAGCUUGCCUUCAUGCGUGUUUACUGUGGGCCAAAUCCUUCCUGCUUGGUCCUGUCUUCUAGCCUGUCCAACGCCCACAUAGACUACACCACCAAACCCGCCAUCAUCUUCCGCAUCGCUGCACGCAACGAGAAAGGUUAUGGCCCGGCCACACAAGUGCGAUGGCUGCAAGAGUCUAACAAAGAUGGCCUUUCUGCAAAGCCUGCCCCAAAGAGAGCAGUUUCUUCACCAGAUACGAAAGGGAUUGGUCAGAAGAAAGCAAGAAUGGACCAGUGAGCACCUCUCUCCAUCUGUCCUCCAAAACCAGAAAGACUUACACUACCCUAACACAACUUCAACUGCAACCAUCCAUCAAAACCUGCAAAGGAAAUAGUGUUUCAGAAUACAAUUUCUAGGGAAAGCAUUUUUCUUUUUAAUAGUAUGAAUGGAGAAAAGCAUAUUGCUUAUUUUUGAAUAUUUUUCAACAUACUUGGAGUGGGAGAAAGAAAAACAAAAUUAGCGUUUUCCAUUUGUAGAGUCUUCCUUUUUGCUCUCCACCAUUUCUUUCAAAACUUAUAUCUUGCUUCAGCAAAUUCAAACAGCAGUUUUAAGAUAUUUGUAAUGUUUGUUCUGUCAGCUGGGCUUAAAUGAAGUCGCUCUUUUGUUCUGCGAUUGGUCUUCAGUGUGAAGUUUUGAUUCACGUUAAAUGUGUGGACACCGUGGGAGGAUUUCUGGAGAUGACCGAUUUCAUUUUCAUGUGAGGGGAAGAAACUGAAAUGGGGGGGCGGGGGGAACAAAUCAAGCACUCGUCCUCAGACAAGAGGGGAUAUUUUUAGUGAAAUAAGAUCUGCAUAAGGAAUCAUUCUGGACUCCAGCCUGCUGGUGAAGUCUGCACUUCUGCAUUGAGCAGAAAUCGAGGCAGAACUGCAGAUAAAGACGUGGCCAUGGAAGUACAAUACUGGCAGAGAUUUUGCUAGAACUGAGAUUUGCCAUACAAACAAAGGAAAAAAACUGGGUGAAAAAAAAAAAAAAAGCAAAACUUCAUAAUAUUAGCAAGCGAUGAUGGAGAAGAUCUUUUGUGUAGUUUAUUUUUGUAUUUUUAAAGCUUUUCUCUUGUAUGUCUGUUUUUUUUCACUUUUUUUUUUUUUUUUAUAAUUCUUGGCCCAUCUCCAUUGGUUUAAGGAUUUGUGGGAAGAAGGGCUUUUGGAUGGGCUGUUUUCUUGUCUUGUACUUUUACACAAAGAUAUACAUUGUAUUUGUGCUCAAGUUGAGUGAUGUGCUACAGCUGAAAAGGAUGUAAACAUCUGAAGGGCUUUUACUUUGUUUACUGCGUAUAUCUACGCUUGUUUCCACUCUGUUUGUGUGUACGCCAAACCUUGAGAUGUAAAAAUCCUAAAACAUUGUUCAGUUUUUUUUUCUAAUUCCUCACGUUACCAAACCGCCGUUUAUUAGUAAACACUCAGCUUUUUCCCUUCCUCUGGCUUGUGCUCUUAACUUUUUCAAAACACAACUUUGUAGAAUUUUCUCUGCCCUAGAUUGUGAAGGAAGUUGUCCAUAUGAAGAUCAUUGUCUCUCUUUUUUCUUUUUUUUUUUUUUCCCCACCUUUGAUUAUCUGAGAGGUAUGCAAACUAAAUGUUCAGUGUAUACCUGUAUGUCUUCAUGUGGGUAACUCUUGGUGAAAGCCAAGUUCGGAUUCGACUGUAAUAUAGUUCAUUCAUAAUGCAAGAAGUGAAGAUGAUGUCCUGGCCUUUUAUAUAUUUACCUGUACAACGUUUUUACAUGUUGGUCAUCUCCUGAUUGCCUUUUUUGUCUUGACUUAUAAAAGAAACCGAAAUAUUAA